CGGGCGGCCAUGGCAGGCUACGUGCCGGGUCAGCAGCCGGCCAACCGCAGCCAGGAGAAGGAGUUCGUGCAGGCGUACGAGGAUGUGCUGGAGCGCUACAAAGAUGAACGGGACCGGGUUCAGAAGAAAACGUUCACCAAGUGGGUCAACAAGCACCUGAUGAAGGUCCGCAAGCACAUCAAUGAUCUUUAUGAAGAUCUGCGGGAUGGCCAUAACCUGAUCUCUCUGCUGGAGGUCCUCUCAGGCAUCAAAUUGCCCCGAGAGAAGGGCAGGAUGCGUUUUCAUAGGUUGCAGAAUGUGCAGAUUGCCCUGGACUUCCUAAAGCAGCGACAGGUGAAACUGGUGAAUAUUCGCAAUGAUGACAUCACAGAUGGUAACCCCAAGCUGACCCUGGGCCUGAUAUGGACCAUUAUUUUGCACUUCCAGAUCUCUGACAUCUACAUUAGUGGGGAAUCAGGGGAUAUGUCAGCCAAGGAGAAACUACUCCUCUGGACCCAGAAGGUGACAGCUGGUUACACAGGAAUCAAAUGCACCAACUUCUCCUCCUGCUGGAGUGAUGGGAAGAUGUUCAAUGCCCUUAUUCACCGAUACAGACCCGAUCUGGUGGAUAUGGAGAGGGUGCAAAUCCAAAGCAACCGAGAGAACCUGGAACAGGCUUUCGAAGUGGCAGAAAGACUGGGGGUCACCCGGUUGCUGGAUGCAGAAGAUGUGGAUGUGCCAUCUCCAGAUGAAAAGUCUGUAAUCACUUAUGUGUCUUCAAUUUAUGAUGCCUUUCCUAAAGUCCCUGAGGGUGGAGAAGGGAUCAGUGCUAUGGAAGUGGACUCCAGGUGGCAAGAAUACCAAAGCCGGGUGGACUCCCUCAUUCCCUGGAUCAAACAGCAUACCAUACUGAUGUCAGAUAAAUCCUUCCCCCAGAACCCUGUUGAACUAAAGGCACUUUAUAAUCAGUAUAUACACUUCAAAGAAACAGAAAUUCUGGCCAAGGAGAGAGAAAAAGGACGAAUUGAGGAAUUAUAUAAAUUAUUAGAGGUAUGGAUUGAAUUUGGUCGAAUUAAGUUGCCUCAAGGUUACCACCCUAAUGAUGUGGAAGAAGAGUGGGGAAAGCUCAUCAUUGAGAUGCUGGAGCGAGAGAAAUCACUUCGGCCAGCUGUAGAGAGGCUGGAAUUGUUGCUGCAGAUUGCAAACAAAAUCCAGAAUGGUGCUUUGAACUGUGAAGAAAAACUAACACUAGCUAAGAAUACACUGCAGGCUGAUGCUGCUCACCUGGAAUCAGGACAACCUGUGCAAUGCGAGUCAGAUGUCAUCAUGUAUAUUCAGGAGUGUGAAGGUCUCAUCAGGCAGCUGCAGGUGGAUCUCCAGAUCCUACGAGAUGAGAAUUACUACCAACUAGAAGAGCUGGCUUUUAGGGUCAUGCGUUUGCAGGAUGAGCUGGUCACCUUGCGUCUAGAGUGUACAAAUCUGUACCGGAAGGGUCACUUCACUUCCCUUGAAUUUGUUCCGCCCUCUACUUUAACCACUACUCAUCUAAAAGCAGAACCCCUGACCAAGGCAACUCAUUCUUCUUCUACCUCUUGGUUCCGAAAGCCCAUGACUCAGGCUGAGCUUGUAUCUAUCUCGUCUUCUGAAGAUGAAGGCAAUCUCCGAUUUGUAUAUGAACUACUGUCUUGGGUGGAAGAGAUGCAGAUGAAACUAGAGCGAGCAGAGUGGGGCAAUGACCUGCCUAGUGUGGAGUUACAGCUGGAAACACAGCAGCACAUCCACACCAGUGUAGAAGAACUGGGCUCAAGUGUCAAAGAGGCCAGGUUGUAUGAGGGAAAGAUGUCCCCAAAUUUCCAUACCAGCUAUGUUGAAACACUUGGAAAGCUGGAGACACAAUACUGUAAAUUGAAGGAAACGUCUAGCUUCCGGAUGAGACAUCUUCAGAGCCUGCAUAAAUUUGUCUUCAGAGCUACAGCUGAGUUGAUCUGGUUGAAUGAGAAGGAGGAGGAGGAACUAGCAUAUGACUGGAGUGACAACAAUCCCAAUAUCUCAGCCAAGAGAAACUACUUUUCUGAGUUGACGAUGGAACUGGAGGAGAAACAGGAUGUAUUUCGGUCUCUACAAGAUACAGCAGAAAUGCUAUCACUUGAGAACCACCCAGCCAAACAGACUGUGGAGGCUUACAGUGCUGCUGUCCAGUCCCAGUUGCAGUGGAUGAAGCAGCUCUGCUUGUGUGUUGAGCAGCACGUGAAAGAGAAUACCGCUUACUUUCAGUUCUUCAGUGAUGCACGAGACCUGGAGUCAUUCUUGAGGAACCUUCAUGACUCCAUCAAACGAAAAUAUUCCUGUGACCACAAUACCAGCUUAUCCCGCCUUGAGGACCUGCUCCAGGACUCCAUGGAUGAAAAGGAGCAACUUAUACAAUCCAAGAGUUCCGUUGCCAGUCUUGUUGGCCGAUCAAAAACUAUUGUUCAGCUAAAACCCCGCAAUCCAGACCAUGCACUAAAGAGUACAAUUUCUGUAAAGGCCAUCUGUGACUAUCGACAAAUUGAGAUCACUAUUUGCAAGAAUGAUGAGUGUGUGCUAGAGGAUAAUUCCCAGCGGACCAAGUGGAAAGUGAUUAGCCCCACAGGGAAUGAAGCAAUGGUGCCCUCAGUCUGCUUCCUCAUCCCCCCACCCAAUAAGGACGCCAUUGAGAUGGCCAGCAGGGUGGAACAGUCUUAUCAGAAGGUGAUGGCCCUUUGGCACCAGCUUCACGUUAACACCAAAAGCCUUAUCUCCUGGAACUAUCUGCGAAAAGAUCUUGACCUUGUACAGACCUGGAACCUAGAAAAGCUCCGAUCCUCUGCACCAGGGGAGUGCCACCAGGUCAUGAAGAACCUCCAGGCUCACUAUGAAGACUUUCUGCAGGAUAGUCGUGACUCCGUGCUCUUCUCAGUGGCUGAUCGCUUGCGCGUGGAAGAGGAGGUGGAGGCUUGUAAAGCCCGCUUCCAGCACCUGGUGAAGUCCAUAGAGAAUGAGGACAAAGAGGAGACUGUGGCCAAGAUGUAUAUUUCAGAGCUGAAGAAUAUUCGGCUACGCCUGGAGGAGUGUGAACAGAAGGUGGUCAAACGAAUCCAGUCCUUAGCCAGCUCUAGGACUGACAAAGAUGCCCGGCAGGACAAUGCAUUAAGGAUUGCAGAGCAAGAGCGUACCCAGGAGGAUUUGCAGCAACUGAAGUCAGACUUAGAUGCUGUUUCCACGAAAUGCAACAGCUUUCUCCAUCAAUCUCCAUCUGGUUCAAGUGUCCCAACUUUGCGCUCAGAACUGAAUCUUUUGGUGGAGAAGAUGGACCAUGUCUAUGGUCUCUCUACUGUCUAUCUGAAUAAAUUAAAGACAAUCGAUGUUAUAGUGCGUAGUAUACAGGAUGCUGAACUCUUGGUCAAGGGUUAUGAAAUCAAGCUGAGUCAAGAGGAAGCAGUACCAGCAGAUCUCUCAGCUCUGGAGUCCCAUCGGUCUACGUUACGGCACUGGCUUAGUGAUGUGAAGGAGAAGAAUUCGGUGUUUUCAGUCCUAGAUGAGGAAAUUGCCAAGGGCAAGGUAGUAGCAGAGCAGCUGAGUCGUCUGACACCAGAGCGAAACCUGGAUUUGGAGCGCUACCAGGAAAAGGGUUCCCAGCUGCAGGAGCGUUGGCACCGAGUCAUUGCCCAGCUUGAAACCCGCCAAACUGAGUUAGAAAGUAUCCAGGAAGUUCUGGGAGAUUACCGAGCCUGCCAUGGAACUCUCAUCAAGUGGAUUGAGGAAACCACUGCCCAACAGGAAAUGAUGAAGCCAGGCCAGGCUGAGGAUAGCAGAGUGCUGUCGGAACAGCUCAGCCAGCAGACGGACCUAUUUGCAGAAAUUGAGAGAAAUCAGACAAAACUGGACCAGUGUCAAAAAUUUUCCCAGCAAUACUCCACUAUUGUAAAGGACUACGAAUUACAACUGAUGACAUACAAGGCCUUUGUGGAAUCACAACAGAAGUCCCCUGGCAAGCGCCGUCGCAUGCUUUCCUCUUCAGAUGCCAUCACGCAAGAGUUCAUGGACUUACGGACUCGUUACACAGCACUGGUGACCUUAACAACUCAGCAUGUGAAAUACAUCAGUGAUGCACUCCGUCGGCUGGAGGAGGAAGAGAAAGUAGUAGAAGAGGAAAAACAGGAACAUGUGGAGAAGGUUAAAGAACUGUUGGGCUGGGUGUCUACUUUAGCAAGGAAUACACAAGGAAAAUCUACCUCAUCCCAGACCAAAGAAUCAACAGACAUUGAAAAAGCUAUUUUGGAACAGCAGGUUCUAGCAGAAGAGUUGACAACCAAGAGAGAACAAGUAUCUGAAGCCAUUAAAACUUCACAGAUCUUCUUGGCUAAGCAUGGUCAUAAGCUUUCAGAAAAAGAGAAGGAACAGAUAUCUGAGCAAUUGAACUCCCUAAAUAAGACUUAUCAUGACCUCUGUGAUGGUUCAGCAACCCAGCUUCAGCAGCUUCAGAGCCAGCUGGCUCAGCAGACAGAACAAAAGGAUUCCAGAGCCGUUGCUGGGGUGAUUGACCUAGGCACAGUGGAGAUAUUUCCCGUCUUCAGAGCCAUGCAAAAGGGCCUUAUUGACCAAGACACAGGCCUUAUGCUCCUAGAAUCCCAGGUUAUCAUGUCUGGCCUCAUUGCCCCUGAGACCAGUGAAAACCUCUCUUUGGAGGAGGGUCUUGCCAGAAACCUCAUUAAUCCCCAGAUGUACCAGCACCUCCAGGAACUACAGGAUGCCCUGUCCUUAAUAAGCAGGCUUACUGAGAGCAAAGGCCCUCUUUCAGUGGUGGAAGCAAUUGAAAAGAGAAUAAUCAGUGAAAGAAUUGGACUGAAAAUCUUAGAAGCUCACCUGGCAACUGGAGGUUUCAGGCUCUCUGCUAGUGGGAACUGUAUUAACCUGGAAGAAGCCUUUCAUCAGGGGCUCAUUUCUUCAUGGCUUCAUUCAGUAUUAGAGUCUCAUCUGAGAUCAUCCAAGAACUUGAUAGACCCCAACACAGCUGAAAAAAUCAGUUUGCUGGAUCUGAUGCAGAGAUGUAUCGUCCACCAGGAAUCAGGGUUGAAAUUGCUCCCUGUCAAGCAAUUGGCAGGGGGAAUGGUGAGCUUGAAAUCAAGCAGGAAGGUUAGCAUUUUCCGGGCAGUUCAGGAAGGGCUAAUAGAUAGACAGGUGACUGUCCGGCUGCUAGAAGCUCAGCUUUUUGCUGGUGGCAUAGUAGAUCCAAGAACGGGACACAGACUAACAGUGGAAGAGGCUGUGAGACAUAAUUUGAUUGACCAAGAUAUGGCCUGUGCUAUUUUCAUAAGGCAGCUUCAGACUGGGGGCAUCAUAGACACUGUCACUGGGCAAAGGCUGACAAUCGAUGAAGCAGUAAGCAAUGGUCUGGUAGCUGCUAAGAUCGCUCUUGUGAUUCUGGAGUCCCUGUGGUCAUUCAUGGGCUUGUUAUGGCCUGACUCUGGAGAGAUCCUCCCAGUUACAGAUGCCUUAGAACAAGGUAUUGUGUCUAGUGAAUUAGCACAUAAAAUCCUUAGCAACCGACAGCAUAUUAAGGCUUUAUUUCUACCAGCAAACACAGAGAUUUGGUCCUGGGAGAAAGCAAUAGAAAAUGGUAUCUUGGACAAAGAUCUUGCCAAUAACUUAAAAUUGAUUCGUAUACCUGAUGUAAUGCCUCAUGUACAAUUAGCAGACUCUUUAGAAAGAAAUAAAUCAAGCAUUCAUCCUGAAGCAGCAUCUAGACUGUGCAGCGAGGGCCAAUCCCAGCAUAUAGCAAGCCAUAGUGAGAAGCUGUUGUUUCAACUGAUGACUCACAGCUAUGUAAAUGUACAGAAUGGGCAGAGGCUGCUUCUGUUAGAUAAAGAGCUGAUGGAGACACUAACAUGUGGCGAUUACCAUCCUCCAGAAGUGCUUGGAAUUGGGCACCAAAGACUACAAACUCCCAAGAAAUUCCAAGAAUCCGGUAAUGUGAAAAUCACAGGAACAUUGAAUGAUGGGCUGACUGUGAGGCCACCUGAGUUCCAGUUUUCUUCUCAGAACAAAGAAUAUCCUGAUCAGGAAGACUGCAUUGAAGCAAAAGGGGAAGGGACCAUUGCAGAAACAGAAGGUUCUUCUAUAGAGAACCCUGAAAAGGAUCUGUUUGUAAGAGAACAAAAAGAGAAAAAUCCAAAUGUUGGCACUUUGAAGGUAAUAAAUAAAGUCAAAUCAGAGUCACAAAGGCAGUUGUUAGGUACCAAAAAGGAAGACCAGACAGAAAGGUCUACCAGAGAAGACAUCAGCAGGGUACGACUCCUGACAGUACCUCCUGGGGAAGCAGAAGGUGUGCGCUUGGUGGUUGACAAAGAUCUUUCUUCUGUGGAAACUUCAGUGAAAGAAUGUCAGCCUUUUACAAGUACCUCCUUUACAUGUCAGAAAGAACAAGCAAACACUCUUGAGACUGAAUAUAUUCCAGGUGAAACUGGAAGACCUCUCAUAAAAACCCAAAACAAAAUGUCACAGUUUCAAGCAGAGAAAACUCUAGGUAUCAAAUCAGAAGUAAAGUCUGAAAGUGCUAUGAAUAUUCACUCUCUAGACAAAAAGGAAGUGCUAAAUAAAACAGUUUUGGCCAAUGAUGGCCAUAAACAAAGUCAAGAAGGACAAAACAUGGUAGCUGGUAGUAUGACGACGUUAGAAAAAACUGACGAGGGUGAUGGUGGUGAGACUUCCCUGUCACGCAGUCAUCCUUCAGAACUGCUAGAAGAAGCCACCUUAAAUGUGUUAUCCGCACAGUUACUAGAUGGUGGGAUCCUUCAUGAACAAACGGGUCAAAAGCUCUUACUAAAUGAAGCAAUCAUUCAAGGCAUUGUGCCAAGCCACACUGCUGUGAAACUUAUGGGAAAGCUGAACAUGUUUCGGGGCUUCUUUGAUUCUCAGACCUGUGAGUCUUUGACAACUGAAGAAGUCAUUGGUGAAGGUCUCAUGGAUGAGAAAUUAUUACAUAAUGUCCUCAAGGCCGACAAAGCUAUAAGUGGUGUCUUAGACCCCCGUACUCAAACACUGUGCUCUGUAAAGGAUGCAGUUGCAGUUGGGCUUAUUGACAAGGAAACAGCCACCAAGAUUUUGGAGGGGCAAGUGGUGACUGGGGGAAUUGUUGACUUGAAACGAGGCAAAAAAGUUUCAGUAACUUUGGCCUCAAAUCUUGGCUUGGUGGACAGUGCUGACCAAAUAGAGCUUAUUAAUCUGGAGAAAGCUUCCAAAGGCAGAGAUGUUGAAAAAACUGUUAGGGAGAGAUUAAUUAGUUUACAAAUGGAAACAACAGGAUUUAUAGACCCUGACAGCAAAGCUCCUUUAACAGUUGUACAGUCUAUUGACAGAGGUCUUUUGGAGAGAGAGGAGGCCAUUCAUUUGUUGACUAAGCAGGUGGUAGAUGGAGGCGUCAUUCACCAUGUAUCUGGGAUGAGGCUUUCUGUUGAUAAUGCCUUUAAACAUGGCUUAAUAGGUGAAGAUUUAGCCAAGCAACUCAAAAAAGUUGAAAAUUUAAACUUCCAUCAGUUUUCUCACCCUGAAACAAAGGAAACUAUUUUCCUUCCUCAAGCCAUAAAAUUAGGUCUGAUUACCCCAGACUUGAAAAGAGAAAUUCAAGAAAUUCAAGCCUUUUCUGGAAACUUUGUGGAUCUCAUUUCUGGCCAGAGAUUGACCUUGGCAGAAGCUAGAAAGGAAGGAUUGUUAACUAAUAAAGCAAUAUUGUCUUCAGGAAUGAUGAAUGGGAUUGUAGAUCCUGAGAAUUAUAGAAUUGUUCCCUAUUCAGAAUUAGUAAAGAAAUGCAAGAUUGAUAUUGAAUCUGGCCAGAGAUAUCUAGAAGUAAUUCCCUUCUCAGACAUCAAAGAUGGGGUGAGUGACAGAGUGCUUACAUUGUCACAAGCAGUUCAGCUUGGAAAACUAGACUUUGCACCUACACUGAACAUUCUGGAAGCUCAGGCAAAUAGUGGUGGAAUCAUAGAUAGUGCUACAGGAAAAAGACUGACAUUGGGGUCAGCUUUGGAACAGAAAUUGCUGGAUGAGAACAUGUUCAGAAUCAUUGCAUCUCAUCAGGUGUUAAGUGGAGGAAUUAUUGACGUAUUUAAUGAUCAGAGAGUAACUAUGAAGGAAGCUAUUAAGAAAGGGUUGAUUAGCCCUGAACUAGCAACUAUGAUCCAAAUAGAUACUUUAGAGUUCAGUGAUCAAAGGGCUCAGACCGAAAAGGAAGGUGGAAUUGAAGUAUGUGAGUUAAAGAAUGAAUUUCUAGGAAAGGAAAUGUUUAUUGCUUGUAAUCAGACUGUUGAAAUACAUUGUGAUAAAAGACAAAGUGAGAGAUUAUUGCAAAUUGAAAGUAAGUCUGCCCAGGAAAAGGUUCAAGUGAGAAUUUCUGAUAGGGAGCAGGCAGAAAAGAGCAAGGAAGUUUCAUUAAAGGAACUGGGGUACAAGGAUCAAGAUGAGUGGAAAACAUCUGCCAAUGCUACAGACUUUGUCAGCACCACAAUUCCUCCUCAUCUUAAAGGUAAAUCCUCAGGCCAGGUGUCAAUAACACACCCUCACUCUGAAGUUUGUGAUUUUAGACUCAAAGAGGUGACUAAAAAUACCGUGGAAAAAGAUAUAAAUGAAGAGCAGGAAAAAGUAGUGACACAAACAGAAAAUGUCCCUCACACGAAGCAGUCUGCCUCACAUUUAGAUUCUGGAGAAAUAAGAGAAAAUCAAGGGAAAAUGAUUUCAGAAGAGCAACACACAGGCAAAUUGCUGAGUGAGCAGGUUAUGCAGCAACGAGUGAAUACCAGGGUGAAAAGGGAGAAUGAAAAGGAGGAGAUGAAUGUUGAAGAGAGUGCCAAAACAUGCAGAUCGGCUGAAGAAAAAUUGAAUCGGGAAACUGCCAUGAGAGAUGAGCAUGACUCCACUCCUAUGGAAAUGACUCUAAGUGAAAAAGGGAAAGAAGCUGAUAGGGAAAUGGAAUUGUCUACUGUUGGUAAAAUUGAAGACUCUUCUACCCAAAUGUUUCCCAAAGGAAUUCCUGUAAAAAAUCAAAGUACUUUAAUGUUCCUCAGCUCUAAAGAGGCCAGUGAAGGGGUAGUGAAAAAUUUAAGUUUUAGUUUGACUUUAAAACAAGAAGAAGAUUUAUCUCAAGAAAUUACUUAUGGGACCCAGAGUGAACCAUUCCCUUCUGUGACCCGAAAACCUGAAGGGUUGUACUACCAGGAAUCUGUUAAAAAUGCCCAAGUUACAGAUACAUCCCAAGUAUCCAAAACAGACAAGUCUUUCCAAGGGACCGUCAGACAGGAGACCAAAUAUUACCAAGAUUCUCAUGUUAUUUCUAAGACUAAGGAAACCAAAGAUCUGGUUUUCUCAUCUAAUGAGUAUAAAGAAAUGUCAUACCAAGAAGUACCUUUUGACCCAACAAGAGCUCUUAAUCUGAAAGAAAUAGAAGUUUCUGGAGUAGAUACAAAAGAAGUAAAUUAUCUAAAAUUCUCAGACCGAAAGGACCUUCAUCAUCAGGACAGCAAAAGUGACCGUGAACUUGCCAGAAUGCAGGAAAUAAGUAGUGAGAAAUUUCUAGAAAUGGCAAACCCUGCAGGGGUUACAGGUUUAGAAGUAGGGUCUGUUGAAGACAUAGUGGCUCAGAGGGGUCCUGCAGUCUCAGUGUCCCUUCCUCCAGAGCAACAGGAUGCCAUCACUAGUGAAGAAAAGACAGUGUCUCUAACAUUAUUCUCUACAGUGAAGACAGAUGAGAGGACACAACAGGAAAGACUCGCAGAGAGCCCGGGUAAUGAUGUACCCGGGGGAAAGAGAAAUGAAGAUGUAAACCCAGAGCCCCUCAGAGCAACUCAAAAUGUAUUUAACCGUCGACUCUGUUUAGAACAUGACGAGAAGCUUGUAUCCUAUCUGUCUUUGUUACGGGACAUUGAAAUGAGGACCAAACAGAUUCAGCCUCUGGAAUUGAACCUGGCUGAACUGCAGGAUCUCCUAUGUCAGGCCAAGGUUUUAGACAGGGAACUAAAGGAUCUAUCCUCCUUGAUCAGUCAAGAAUUGGAGUGUGUGGAUCAGAUUAUCAUCAGCCAGCCUCAAGAAGUCCCUGCUCAACUGUUGAUGGCUCUGGAGAAGGAUGCCAAGAACCUUCAGAAGUCUCUCAGCUCUGUGAGUGGCACCUGGAGUUCCAGGUUACUUCAAUUCCAGAAUGUUGUGGAAGUAAAAAAGACUAAAGUGUUAAAUGAGCACCUACAACUAGAAGGCAAACUUCAAGAUCUGAGAGCCUGGGUUGGCAAUACCACCCUUAUGCUGAAGAGCAAGGGAUGUAGUGAUGAAAUGGAUGUUGACAGCCUGAAUCACUAUCUCAGGCAACAUGAGGAUUUGAAACAACCCAUGGCCGAAAGGAAGUCUCAGUUGGAUGCUCUUGCUUUUGACAUUCAGUUCUUUAUCUCUGAGCAUGCCCAAGACUUGUCCCCUCAGCAGAAUCGACAGAUGCUGAGGCUUCUGAAUGAGCUGCAGAGGUCCUUCCAGGACCUUUGGGAACAGACUUCAACUCAGAUGGAUGCCUUACAGGGCCAUCUUCGACAAAUGGAGCAGGAAGCCCUGGUUAAGACCCUGCAGAAACAACAAAAUACCUGUCACAAGAAACUAGAGGAUCUUUGCAACUGGGUAGGACAGACAGAAAGAGCACUGGUGGGCCACCAGGGCAGAGUCACCCAGCAGGAUCUCGCUACUUUGCAGAAGAACCAAAGUGACUUAAAGGACUUACGGGACAACAUUCAGAAUCAUGUUGCCUCAUUUGCCACUGUUGUUAAAGACAUCGAAGGGUUCCUGGAAGAGAAUCAGACCAAGCUGAGCCCCCAUGAGUUGACAGCUCUUCAGGAAAAACUUCAUCAGGCUAAGGAGCAGUAUGAGGCUCUCCAGGAAAGGACACGGGCAGCCCAGAAGGAGCUGGAGGAAGCAGUGACUUCAGCCUUACAGCACGAAACUGAGAAGAGUAAAGCAGCAAAAGAACUAGAAGAGAACAAGAGUAAGAUCGAUGCUCUCUUGGACUGGGUGACUUCAGUGGGAUCAUCUGGAGGACAGGUAGAGACAAGCUUUCCAAGAAUGGAGCAACUCUCAACCGCUAGUCUGGACAAAGGAGCCUUGGAUACUACUGAUGGUUACAUGGGGGUGAACCAAGCUCCAGAGAAACUGGACAGGCAAUGUGAGAAGAUGAAGGCCCAUCACCAGGAAUUGCUGUCCCAACAGCAAAAUUUCAUCUUGGCCACCCAGUCAGCUCAAGCCUUCCUAGAUCAACACGGCCACAAUCUUACACCUGAAGAACGACAGAUGCUACAAGGGAAGCUAGGAGAGCUGAAGGAGCAAUAUGCCACUUGCCUGACCCAGUCAGAGGCAGAGCUGAAGCGAGUGCAGACACUUCAGGAUGAGUUGCAGAAGUUUCUGCAGGAUCAUAGGGAGUUUGAGAGUUGGCUUGAACGGUCUGAGAAAGAGCUGGAGAACAUGCACAAGGGAAGCAGCAGUCCUGAGGCCCUUCCCUCCCUGCUGAAGCGGCAGGGGAGCUUCUCAGAGGACGUCAUUUCCCACAAAGGAGACUUGCGAUUUGUGACUAUCUCAGGACAAAAAGUCUUGGACACAGUAAUCAGUUUUAAGGAAGGCCAAGAACCAUCAACAACUGGAAACUUAGUGAAGGACAAGCUGAAGGAUGCAUCAGAACGAUACACUGCUCUCCAUUCAAAGUGUACGCGGUUGGGCUCUCACCUGAACAUGCUACUAGCCCAGUAUCAGCAGUUUCAAAGCAGUGCUGACAGCCUGCAGGCCUGGAUGCAGACUUGUGAGGCCAGUGUACAGAAGCUCCUCUCAGAUACUGUUGCCUCUGAUCCUGGGGUCCUACAGCAGCAGCUUGCAACAACAAAGCAGUUGCAGGAAGAAUUGGCUGAGCACCAAGUACCUGUAGAAAAGCUCCAAAAAGUAGCUCAUGACCUCAUGGAAAUUGAAGGCGAGCCAGCCCCAGACCACAAGCAUGUUCAGGAAACCACAGAUUCCAUACUCAGCCACUUCCAAAGCCUUUCCUGUAGCCUGGCUGAGCGCUCUGCUCUACUGCAAAAGGCAAUUGCUCGAUCUCAGAGUGUCCAAGAAAGCCUGGAGAGCCUGCUGCAGUCACUCAGGGAAGUUGAACAAAACCUGGAAGGGGAACAGGUGGCAUCACUCUCAUCAGGAGUCAUCCAAGAAGCACUAGCCACUAAUAUGAAAUUGAAGCAGGACAUUGCUCGGCAAAAGAGCAGCUUGGAAGCCACCCGUGAGAUGGUGACUCGAUUCAUGGAGACCGCAGACAGCACUACAGCAGCAGUGCUGCAGGGCAAACUGGCAGAAGUGAGCCAGCGCUUUGAACAGCUCUGUCUACGGCAGCAAGAAAAGGAGAGCUCCCUAAAGAAGCUUCUGCCCCAAGCAGAGAUGUUUGAACAUCUCUCUGAUAAGCUGCAGCAGUUCAUGGAGAACAAAAGUCGGAUGCUGGCCUCUGGAAAUCAGCCAGAUCAAGAUAUCGCACAUUUCUUCCAGCAGAUCCAGGAGCUCAAUUUAGAAAUGGAAGACCAACAGGAGAACCUAAAUACUCUUGAGCACAUGGUCACUGAAUUGAGCUCCUGUGGCUUUGCACUAGACCUGUCUCAGCAUCAGGACAGGGUGCAGAACCUCAGAAAGGACUUCAAAGAUCUACAGAAGACAGUUAAAGAAAGAGAGAAAGAUGCAUCGUCUUGCCAGGAACAGUUGGAUGAAUUCCGGAAGCUGAUUAGGACCUUCCAGAAAUGGCUGAAAGAAAUCGAAGGCAGUAUUCCACCUACAGAGACUUUCAUGAGUGCUAAAGAGCUAGAAAAGCAGAUUGAACACCUCAAGAGUCUCCUAGAUGACUGGACAAGUAAGGGAACUCUAGUGGAAGAAAUCAAUUGCAAAGGCACUUCUUUAGAAAAUCUCAUCAUGGAGAUCACAGCACCUGAUUCCCAAGCCAAGACCGGUUCCAUACUGCCCUCUGUAGGAAGCUCUGUAGGCAGUGUAAACGGAUACCACACCUGCAAAGAUCUGACGGAGAUCCAGUGCGACUUGUCAGAUGUAAACUUGAAGUACGAGAAGCUGGGGGGAGUACUUCAAGAGCGCCAGGAAAGCCUUCAGUCUGUCUUCAGCAGAAUGGAGGAGGUUCAGAGGGAGGCAAGCUCAAUGCUGCACUGGCUGGAAUCAAAAGAGGAAGUCCUAAAAUCCAUGGAUGUCUCAUCAUCUCCCACCAAGACAGAAACCGUGAAAGCCCAAGCUGAAUCUAAUAAGGCCUUCCUGGCUGAAUUGGAACAGAAUUCUCCAAAAAUUCAAGAAGUAAAGGAAGCUCUGGCCGGAUUACUGGUGACAUAUCCCAACUCACAAGAAGCAGAAAAUUGGAAGAAAAUGCAGGAAGAGCUCAAUUCCCGAUGGGAAAGGGCCACCGAGGUGACUGUGGCUCGACAAAGGCAGCUAGAGGAGUCCGCAAGCCAUCUGGCCUGCUUCCAGGCUGCAGAAUCCCAGCUCCGGCCCUGGCUGAUGGAGAAAGAACUAAUGAUGGGAGUGCUGGGGCCCCUGUCUAUUGACCCCAACAUGUUGAAUGCUCAAAAGCAACAGGUCCAGUUUAUGCUGAAGGAAUUUGAAACACGCAGGCAACAGCAUGAGCAAUUGAAUGAGGCAGCUCAGGGCAUCCUAACAGGCCCUGGAGAUGUCUCUUCAUCCACCAGCCAAGUACAGAAAGAACUCCAGAGCAUCAAUCAGAAGUGGGUUGAGCUAACUGACAGACUCAAUUCCCGUUCCAACCAAAUUGACCAAGCUAUUGUCAAAAGCACACAGUACCAGGAAUUGCUCCAGGACUUAUCAGAGAAGGUAAAAACAGUUGGACAGCGGCUGAGUGGCCAGUCGGCCAUCAGCACCCAACCCGAAGCCGUAAAGCAGCAAUUAGAAGAGACCAGUGAGAUUAGAUCUGACUUAGAGCAAUUAGACCAUGAGGUCAAGGAGGCCCAGACACUGUGCGAUGAACUCUCUGUGCUCAUUGGUGAGCAGUAUCUCAAGGAUGAGCUGAAGAAGCGUUUGGAGACAGUUGCCUUGCCUCUCCAAGGUUUAGAAGAUCUCGCAGCUGAUCGCAUGAACAGACUCCAGGCAGCUCUUGCCAGCACCCAACAGUUCCAGCAAAUGUUUGAUGAGCUGAGGACCUGGUUGGAUGACAAACAAAGCCAGCAAGCAAAAAACUGCCCAAUUUCUGCAAAAUUGGAGCGGCUGCAGUCUCAGCUACAGGAGAAUGAAGAGUUUCAAAAGAGCCUUAAUCAACACAGUGGUUCCUAUGAAGUGAUUGUGGCUGAAGGGGAAUCUCUGCUUCUUUCUGUACCUCCUGGAGAAGAGAAAAGGACUUUGCAAAACCAGUUGGUUGAGCUCAAAUGUCAUUGGGAAGAACUUGGAAAAAAAACUGCAGAUAGACAAUCUAGGCUCAAGGACUGUAUGCAGAAAGCGCAGAAAUAUCACUGGCAUGUACAAGACCUUGUGCCAUGGAUAGAAGAUUGUAAAGCCAAGAUGUCUGAGUUGCGGGUCACUCUAGAUCCAGUGCAACUAGAAUCCAGCCUCCUGAGAUCAAAGGCUAUGCUGAAUGAGGUGGAGAAGCGCCGGUCCCUGCUUGAAAUACUGAAUAGUGCUGCUGACAUUCUGAUCAACUCUUCAGAAACAGAUGAGGACGAUAUCCGGGAUGAGAAGGCUAGGAUCAACCAGAACAUGGAUGCCAUUACAGAAGAGUUGCAGGCCAAAACAGGAUCACUUGAAGAAAUGACUCAGAGGCUGAAGGAAUUCCAGGAAAGCUUUAAGAAUAUUGAAAAGAAGGUUGAAGGAGCCAAACACCAGCUUGAGAUCUUUGAUGCUCUGGGCUCUCAAGCCUGUAGCAACAAGAACCUGGAGAAGCUAAGAGCUCAGCAGGAAGUGUUACAGGCUCUGGAGCCUCAGGUGGACUAUCUGAGGAACUUCACCCAGGGGCUGGUAGAAGAUGCCCCAGAUGGAUCUGAUGCUUCUCAACUGCUACAUCAAGCUGAGACCAGUCAGCAAGAGUUCCUAGAAGUAAAACAAAGAGUGAACAGUGGUUGUGUGAUGAUGGAAAACAAGCUGGAGGGGAUCGGUCAGUUUCACUGCCGAGUCCGAGAAAUGUUUUCUCAGUUGGCAGAUCUGGACGAUGAGCUAGAUGGCAUGGGGGCUAUUGGCAGAGACACUGACAGCCUCCAGUCCCAAAUUGAGGAUGUACGGCUGUUCCUUAACAAAAUCCAAGUCCUCAGGUUGGACAUAGAGGCCUCAGAAGCAGAGUGCCGACAAAUGCUAGAAGAAGAGGGGACUCUGGACUUGUUAGGUCUCAAGAGGGAGCUGGAAGCUCUGAACAAACAAUGUGGCAAGUUGACAGAGAGGGGGAAAGCUCGUCAAGAACAGCUAGAGCUGACAUUGGGCCGUGUAGAGGACUUCUAUAAGAAACUGAAAGUACUCAAUGAGGCCACCACAGCGGCAGAGGAGGCAGAGGCCCUCCAGUGGGUAGUCGGGACCGAAGUGGACGUCAUCAACCAACAGUUGGCAGAUUUUAAAAUGUUUCAGAAAGAACAAGUGGAUCCUCUUCAGAUGAAAUUGCAGCAGGUGAAUGGACUUGGCCAGGGAUUAAUUCAAAGUGCAGGAAAAAACUGUGAUGUGCAAGGUUUAGAACAUGACAUGGAAGAGAUCAAUGCUCGAUGGAAUACACUAAAUAAAAAGGUUGCACAGAGAACUGCACAGCUCCAAGAGGCUUUGUUGCAUUGUGGGAAAUUUCAGGAUGCCUUGGAGCCAUUGCUCAGCUGGUUGGCAGAUACUGAAGAGCUCAUAGCCAAUCAGAAACCUCCAUCUGCUGAGUAUAAAGUGGUAAAAGCACAGAUCCAAGAACAGAAGUUGCUUCAACGGCUCUUAGAUGAUAGAAAGGCCACAGUAGAAAUGCUUCAAGCAGAAGGAGGCAGAAUAGCCCAGUCAGCUGAGCUGGCUGAUAGAGAGAAAAUCACUGGACAGCUAGAAAGCCUUGAAAGCAGAUGGACUGAACUACUCAGCAAGGCAGCAGCCAGGCAAAAACAGCUGGAAGAUAUCUUGGUUCUGGCCAAACAAUUCCAUGAGACAGCUGAGCCUAUUUCUGACUUCUUAUCUGUCACAGAGAAAAAGCUUGCUAACUCAGAACCUGUUGGCACUCAGACUGCCAAAAUACAGCAGCAGAUCAUUCGACACAAGGCUCUGGAAGAAGAAAUAGAAAAUCAUGCAACAGAUGUGCACCAGGCAGUCAAAAUUGGGCAAUCUCUCUCCUCCCUGACAUGUCCUGCAGAGCAGGGUGUGCUGUCAGAAAAGAUAGACUCAUUGCAGGCCCUAUACAGUGAGAUUCAAGACUGGUGCUGUAGGAAAGCAGCCCUGCUUGACCAAGCACUGUCUAAUGCUAGACUGUUUGGGGAGGAUGAGGUGGAGGUGCUCAACUGGCUGGCUGAGGUUGAGGACAAGCUCAGUGCAGUGUUCGUAAAGGAUUACAAACAGGAUAUCCUGCAUAAACAGCAUGCUGACCAUCUGGCUUUAAAUGAAGAGAUCGUUAAUAGAAAGAAGAACGUAGAUCAAGCUAUUAAAAAUGGUCAGGCUCUUCUAAAGCAAACCACAGGUGAAGAGGUAUUACUUAUCCAGGAGAAACUAGAUGGAAUAAAGACUCGCUACGCAGACAUCACAGUCAGUAGCUCCAAGGCUCUCAGAACUUUAGAGCAAGCCCGGCAGCUGGCCACCAAAUUUCAGUCUACCUAUGAAGAACUGACCGGGUGGCUGAGGGAGGUGGAGGAAGAACUGGCAGCCAGUGGAGGACAGUCUCCCACAGGGGAACAGAUACCCCAGUUUCAGCAAAGACAGAAGGAACUAAAGAAGGAGGUUAUGGAGCACAGGCUGGUGUUGGACACAGUGAAUGAGGUGAGCCGUGCUCUCUUAGAGCUGGUGCCCUGGAGAGCCAGAGAAGGGCUGGAUAAACUUGUGUCCGAUGCCAAUGAGCAAUACAAACUGGUCAGUGACACUAUUGGACAAAGGGUGGAUGAAAUUGAUGCUGCUAUUCAGAGAUCACAACAGUAUGAGCAAGCUGCUGAUGCAGAACUAGCUUGGGUUGCUGAAACAAAACGGAAACUGAUGGCCCUGGGUCCAAUUCGCCUAGAACAGGACCAGACCACAGCUCAGCUGCAGGUACAGAAGGCUUUCUCCAUUGAUAUCAUUCGACACAAAGAUUCAAUGGAUGAACUCUUCAGUCACCGUGGUGAGAUCUUUGGCACAUGUGGGGAGGAGCAGAAAGCUGUAUUGCAGGAAAAGACAGAGUCUCUGAUACAGCAAUAUGAAGCCAUUAGUCUUCUCAAUUCAGACCGUUAUGCCCGCCUAGAGCGGGCACAGGUCUUGGUGAACCAGUUUUGGGAGACUUAUGAAGAGCUCAGUCCCUGGAUUGAGGAAACUCGGGCACUAAUAGCACAGUUGCCUCCUCCAGCUAUCGAUCAUGAGCAGCUCAGGCAGCAGCAGGAGGAAAUGAGGCAACUAAGGGAAUCUAUUGCUGAACACAAACCUCAUAUUGAUAAGCUACUAAAGAUAGGCCCACAGCUAAAGGAGUUGAACCCUGAGGAGGGAGAAAUGGUGGAAGAAAAGUACCAGAAAGCAGAAAAUAUGUACAUCCAAAUAAAGGAGGAGGUGCGCCAGAGAGCCCUGGCUCUGGAUGAGGCCGUGUCACAGUCUGCACAGAUCACAGAGUUUCACGAUAAAAUUGAGCCCAUGUUGGAGACUCUGGAGAAUCUUUCCUCUCGCCUGUGUAUGCCACCACUGAUACCUGCUGAAGUAGACAAGAUCAGAGAGUGCAUCAGUGAUAAUAAGAGUGCCACCAUGGAGCUAGAAAAACUGCAGCCGUCCUUUGAGGCUCUGAAGCGCCGUGGAGAAGAGCUCAUUGGGCGAUCUCAGGGAGCAGACAAGGAUCUGGCCGCAAAAGAAAUCCAAGAUAAAUUGGAUCAAAUGGUAUUCUUCUGGGAGGACAUUAAAACUAGGGCUGAAGAGCGAGAAAUGAAAUUCCUCGACGUCCUUGAAUUAGCGGAGAAGUUCUGGUAUGACAUGGCAGCUCUCCUGACCACCAUCAGAGACACCCAGGAUAUUGUCCAUGACUUGGAAAGCCCAGGCAUUGACCCAUCCAUCAUCAAACAACAGGUUGAAGCUGCUGAGACUAUUAAGGAAGAGACAGAUGGUCUUCAUGAGGAGUUGGAGUUCAUUCGAAUCCUGGGAGCAGAUUUGAUUUUUGCCUGUGGAGAAACUGAGAAGCCUGAAGUGAGGAAGAGCAUUGAUGAGAUGAAUAAUGCUUGGGAGAACUUAAACAAAACAUGGAAGGAGAGGCUAGAGAAACUUGAGGAUGCCAUGCAAGCUGCUGUGCAGUAUCAGGACACUCUGCAGGCAAUGUUUGACUGGCUGGAUAACACUGUGAUUAAACUCUGCACCAUGCCCCCUGUUGGCACUGACCUCAACACUGUUAAAGAUCAAUUAAAUGAAAUGAAGGAGUUCAAAGUGGAAGUUUACCAACAACAAAUUGAGAUGGAGAAGCUCAAUCACCAGGGUGAACUGAUGCUAAAGAAAGCUACUGAUGAGACAGACAGAGACAUUAUACGCGAGCCACUGACAGAACUGAAACACCUCUGGGAGAACCUGGGUGAGAAAAUCGCCCACAGACAGCAUAAGUUAGAAGGUGCUCUCUUGGCCCUUGGCCAGUUCCAACAUGCCUUAGAGGAACUAAUGAGCUGGCUGAUACACACUGAAGAGCUGUUAGAUGCUCAGAGACCAGUAAGCGGAGACCCAAAAGUCAUUGAAGUUGAGCUCGCAAAGCACCAUGUUCUAAAAAAUGAUGUUUUGGCUCAUCAAGCCACAGUGGAAACAGUCAACAAAGCUGGCAAUGAGCUGCUUGAAUCAAGUGCUGGAGAUGAUGCCAGCAGCUUAAGGAGCCGUUUGGAGACUAUGAACCAGUGCUGGGAGUCGGUGUUACAAAAAACGGAGGAGAGGGAGCAGCAGCUUCAGUCAACACUACAGCAGGCCCAGGGUUUCCACAGUGAAAUUGAAGAUUUCCUCUUGGAACUAACUAGAAUGGAAAGCCAGCUUUCUGCAUCUAAGCCCACAGGAGGACUCCCGGAAACUGCUAGGGAACAGCUUGAUACACACAUGGAACUCUAUUCCCAGCUAAAAGCCAAAGAAGAGACUUACAAUCAGCUGCUUGACAAGGGCAGGCUCAUGCUGCUAAGCCGUGAUGACUCGGGGUCUGGCUCUAAGACAGAACAGAGUGUUGCACUCUUGGAGCAGAAGUGGCACGUGGUCAGCAGUAAGAUGGAAGAAAGAAAGUCAAAGCUGGAAGAGGCCCUCAACCUGGCAACAGAAUUCCAGAAUUCCCUACAAGAAUUUAUCAACUGGCUCACUCUAGCAGAGCAGAGUUUAAACAUCGCUUCUCCCCCAAGCCUGAUUCUAAACACUGUUCUUUCCCAGAUAGAGGAGCACAAGGUUUUUGCUAAUGAGGUGAAUGCUCAUCGAGACCAGAUCAUCGAACUUGAUCAAACCGGGAAUCAGUUAAAGUUCCUUAGCCAAAAACAGGAUGUUGUUCUGAUCAAGAAUUUGUUGGUUAGUGUCCAGUCUCGGUGGGAGAAGGUUGUCCAGAGAUCCAUUGAAAGAGGCCGAUCACUAGAUGAUGCCAGGAAGCGGGCAAAACAAUUCCAUGAAGCCUGGAAGAAACUGAUUGACUGGCUAGAAGAUGCAGAGAGUCACCUGGACUCAGAACUGGAAAUAUCCAAUGACCCAGACAAAAUUAAACUUCAGCUCUCCAAACAUAAGGAAUUUCAGAAAACUCUUGGUGGCAAACAGCCAGUAUAUGAUACCACAAUUAGAACUGGCAGAGCACUGAAAGAAAAGACUUUGCUUCCUGAUGAUACCCAGAAACUUGACAACUUACUGGGAGAAGUCAGAGAUAAGUGGGAUACUGUUUGUGGCAAGUCUGUGGAGCGGCAACACAAGUUGGAGGAAGCCCUGCUGUUUUCAGGCCAGUUCAUGGAUGCUUUGCAGGCUUUGGUUGACUGGUUGUAUAAGGUGGAGCCACAGCUGGCCGAGGACCAGCCUGUGCAUGGGGACCUUGACCUUGUCAUGAACCUCAUGGAUGCCCAUAAGGUUUUCCAGAAGGAACUGGGAAAGCGAACAGGGACUGUUCAGGUCCUGAAGCGGUCAGGCCGAGAGCUGAUUGAGAACAGUCGAGAUGACACCACUUGGGUGAAGGGGCAGCUCCAGGAACUGAGCACUCGCUGGGACACUGUGUGUAAACUCUCUGUUUCCAAACAAAGCCGACUUGAGCAGGCCUUAAAACAGGCAGAAGAGUUUCGGGACACAGUCCACAUGCUGUUGGAGUGGCUUUCUGAAGCAGAACAAACACUUCGAUUUCGGGGAGCACUUCCUGAUGACACAGAGGCUCUGCAGUCACUCAUUGACACCCAUAAGGAGUUCAUGAAAAAAGUGGAAGAAAAGCGAAUAGAUGUUAACUCAGCAGUAGCCAUGGGGGAAGUAAUCCUGGCUGUCUGCCACCCUGAUUGCAUCACAACCAUCAAACACUGGAUCACCAUCAUCCGAGCUCGUUUUGAGGAGGUCCUGACAUGGGCUAAGCAGCACCAGCAGCGUCUUGAAACGGCUCUGUCAGAACUAGUGGCCAAUGCAGAGCUCCUGGAAGAACUUCUGGCAUGGAUCCAGUGGGCCGAGACCACCCUCAUCCAGCGGGAUCAGGAGCAAAUCCCUCAGAACAUUGACCGAGUUAAAGCCCUGAUCGCCGAGCAUCAGAUGUUUAUGGAAGAAAUGACUCGCAAACAGCCUGAUGUGGACCGGGUCACCAAGACGUACAAAAGAAAAAAUAUAGAACCCACCCAUGCGCCUUUCAUUGAGAAAUCCCGCAGAGGAAAAUCUCUGAGUCAGCCCACACCUCCUCCCAUGCCAAUCCUUUCUCAAUCUGAAGCAAAGAACCCACGGAUCAACCAGCUCUCUGCCCGCUGGCAGCAGGUGUGGCUCCUAGCACUGGAGCGGCAGCGGAAGCUGAAUGAUGCCUUGGAUAGAUUGGAGGAGUUGAAGGAAUUUGCCAACUUUGACUUUGAUGUCUGGAGGAAGAAGUAUAUGCGUUGGAUGAAUCACAAAAAGUCUCGGGUGAUGGAUUUCUUCCGGCGCAUUGACAAGGACCAGGAUGGGAAGAUAACACGUCAGGAGUUCAUCGAUGGCAUUUUAGCAUCCAAGUUCCCCACCACCAAGCUAGAGAUGACUGCUGUGGCUGACAUUUUUGACCGAGAUGGAGAUGGCUACAUUGAUUACUAUGAAUUUGUGGCUGCUCUGCAUCCCAAUAAAGAUGCUUACCGCCCAACAACAGAUGCAGAUAAAAUUGAAGAUGAGGUCACGAGACAAGUGGCUCAGUGCAAAUGUGCAAAAAGGUUUCAAGUGGAGCAAAUUGGAGAGAAUAAAUACCGGUUCUUCCUCGGCAACCAGUUUGGGGACUCCCAGCAGCUGCGGCUGGUCCGUAUCCUGCGCAGCACAGUGAUGGUUCGAGUUGGUGGAGGAUGGAUGGCCUUGGAUGAAUUUUUAGUGAAAAAUGAUCCCUGCCGAGCACGAGGUAGAACUAACAUCGAACUCAGAGAGAAAUUCAUCCUACCAGAGGGGGCAUCCCAGGGAAUGACCCCUUUCCGAUCACGAGGCCGAAGGUCCAAGCCAUCGUCCCGAGCAGCGUCCCCAACUCGCUCGAGCUCCAGUGCUAGUCAGAGUAACCACAGCUGCACGUCUAUGCCGUCUUCUCCGGCCACCCCAGCCAGUGGUACCAAGACUCUGCUUCAGUUCUCUCGCUGUUAUGACAAACCCUGGUUGGUAAACAGUAAAGCUGGCACCCCUAUGAGGGACAGCCAUUCUCCUGACCUCCAGCUGCCCAGCCCCGAGGUUAUCCCAUCAACAAGCAGCAAGUUGAAACGACCAACACCAACUUUUCAUUCUAGUCGAACAUCUCUUGCUGGUGAUACCAGCAAUAGUUCUUCCCCAGCCUCCACAGGUGCCAAAACUAAUCGAGCAGACCCUAAAAAGUCAGCCAGUCGCCCUGGAAGUCGGGCUGGGAGUCGAGCCGGGAGUCGAGCCAGCAGCCGGCGAGGAAGCGACGCCUCUGACUUUGACCUUUUAGAGACGCAGUCCGCUUGUUCAGACACUUCAGAAAGCAGUGCUGCUGGGGGCCAAGGCAGCUCCAGGAGAGGGUUAAACAAACCUUCCAAAAUCCCCACCAUGUCUAAGAAGACCACCACUGCCUCUCCCAGGACUCCGGGUCCCAAGCGAUAACACUGUCCACCACUCCCCAGCCACUCUCCACUUUGAGUCCUCCAUACAUUGGGUGUAUAUUUAUUCUGAACAGGAGAAGUUAUAUUGUUAAAAGUGUAAAAGAAUAAUUGUGUUAAGAAGCUGCCUUAUUUUUUUUUCUUUUUGUAAGUUACUAUUUUCAUGUGAAUAUUUAUGUAGAUAAAAUUUGCCUCCUGGUAACCCUGUAAUGGAUGGGGUCCAGAAAUGAAAUAUUUGAGAAAAACAAGUGAAAAGGUCAAGAUGCAAAUGUGUAUUAGGAAAAAAAAAGCAUAUAAAUAGGGUUUCUGCGCGGUGCAGGGUUGAAAACCUGCUUUAUCUUUUAGGAUUAUUCCUAAAUGCAUCUUCUUUAUAAACUUUACUUGCUGUCUCAGCAAGAUAAAUUAUAUUAAAAAAAAUAAGAAUCCUGCAGUGUUUAAGGAACUCUUUUUUUUUUUUGUAAAUCACAGACACCUCAAUUAACAAGAACUGAAGAGAGGACACUUAAAAUUGCUUUUCUCAUUGUUUUAAUGUUGUGAUUUUAGCUGAAGAGAGGGAACCUCAUUAAGUAACAUUUGCACAUGAUAACAUCAAAAGGAGUUCAUUGCAAUACUGUCUUUGGAUCUUGUUUCAGUACAGGGUGUUUAAAGGACAAAUAGCUGCUAGAAUUCAGGGGUAAAUGUAACCGUUCAGAAAAUGUCAGAGCAGAAGGGUUUUGAACUGAUUUGUAACUUCCUACCCAGCCUAGCCACCGAUAACUCUCGUGUUCACUGGGACCCAGACCCUUGGCAAGGGGGGCUCCUGGGUGCCAUUGUGAAUUAUAUGGAUUUGUUUAUCUACAUUUUUGCUAUUUAUUUAAAUGGUCGAUCAACUUCCCACAAACUGAAGAAUGAAUUCCACAAACCUCUUCUGGAAAUGUGGACAUAAGAGAAAAGCACUUGCUCACCCUUUAAUGGACUUCACCAGCACACUUGUUAACCAGUCCCGUUUGCUUUCGUCUUUUUUUGUGUGUAAUAAAGUCAACUGACCAAGUGACCAUGAAGAGGGGCUGUCUGGGGCUCCUGUUUUUUAGCUGCUGUUCCUCUUCAGCUCCGACCAUGUUGCUGUGUGAUUAUCUCAAUUGGUUUUAAUUGAGGCAGAAACCGAAGCUCUACCAAUGAACUGUUUAAAAACGAGACACACUUUUGUAUUAAAAUUGCUUGCAGUAACAAA